UUGCGACAGUUGGGGUCAUUCAGAAGUUAAAAUGAAGCUCUCGGUACGUGUUCGAGGGGAAUGGUUCGCUAUACCUUGCAGCAAGGGUAAUGAAACAAUCCGCUGGGUAGGAGAAGAAUCUCUCAAGAGGUACAACAAACUGCAGCCGGCAAGCCACGUGGAGAAGGAUGAAAAAGUCUACGAAAUUCGUAAAACAAGGGGUGGGGCCAUCCUGGAUCCUGACGACCACAUCAAACAGGUCCUGGACGAUGAUGAUUUUGUAUCAGUUGUCUUGGAGAGUGACAAAUCGAGCCCUGUAACAGGACCAGCAGAAGUGCCAUUCAUACCAGAACAAGUAUCUGGGAAACUUGUUAUGCCACGCAAUCAGUACAUAUCUCUUGAUGGAAAUAGCUUGUCUACCGAUGAUCUUAUCCGUCUUGGAAAAGGCGAAUUCCGGAUCAAGUUAUCUGCCGAAGCAGAAGAAAUGGUUGAAAAGGCAAGAAACCUUGUCGACGACAUUGUGAAAGAGAACAAAACUGUGUACGGCAUUACAACCGGUUUUGGGAAGUUUGCCAGGGUCACAAUUCCACUCGAACAGAUCAAUGAACUACAAGAAAAUCUCAUCAGAUCUCAUGCGGCCGGUGUCGGAGAUCCCAUCACACCAGAGAGGACGCGCAUGCUGUUGGCUCUUCGGAUUAAUAUCCUAGCGAAGGGUCAUUCUGGUAUCUCGCCCAAAACUCUGCAUCAGUAUAUUGAUGCAUUUAAUGCAUCCUGUUUGCCCUGGGUGCCUUGUAAGGGCACUGUAGGUGCCAGUGGAGAUCUAGCGCCCCUAUCUCACCUUGCUCUUGGUAUGAUGGGGGAAGGGAAAAUGUGGAGUCCAGAGAGUGGAUGGGGUGAGGCCAGAUAUGUCCUUGAAGCUCAUGACUUGAAACCAGUACAACUUACUGCGAAGGAGGGUCUUGCUCUCAUCAAUGGUACUCAACUCAUAACAUCUCUCGGAGCAGAAGCUGUUGAAAGGGCUUCUUCUAUUGCUAGACAGGCAGAUGUUGUAGCUGCAUUAACCCUCGAGGUUCUGAAAGGCACUUCAAAGGCCUUUGAUAGUGACAUCCACAAAGCUCGUCCCCACAAAGGCCAGAUUGAGGUAGCCCGUCGAUUCCGCUCCCUACUCCACUCGGAGACGCACCCCUCGGAACUUGCGGAGAGCCAUCGGUUCUGCAACAGGGUCCAGGAUGCGUACACCAUCAGAUGCUGCCCCCAGGUGCAUGGGGUUGUCAAUGAUACAGUUCAGUUUGUCAGGAACAUCCUCACCACGGAGAUGAACAGUGCCACAGAUAACCCUAUGGUAUUUUCGGAUCGCUCUGAGAUUAUUUCAGCGGGAAACUUCCACGGAGAGUACCCUGCAAAGGUGUUGGAUUAUUUGGCGAUUGGAAUCCACGAGUUGGCAAGCAUCAGUGAAAGGAGACUGGAACGGCUUGUGAACCCAGCGUACAGCGAACUGCCAGCAUUUUUAGUCGAAGGAGGCGGUCUCAACUCGGGGUUUAUGGUUGCUCAUUGCACAGCGGCUGCUCUUGUCUCAGAGAACAAGGUUUUGUGUCACCCAGCCUCUGUGGACUCCCUAUCAACCAGUGCUGGAACUGAGGACCAUGUCAGUAUGGGAGGCUUCUCCGCUAGGAAGGCACUCACAGUGGUCGAGCAUGUCGAACAGGUUCUUGCCAUCGAGUUGCUAGCCGCCUGCCAAGCAAUGGAAUUUCUUCGUCCACUGAAGACAACCGCUCCUCUUGAGGAAGUGUACAAGUUGGUCAGGACAGUAGCAAAACCGUGGGAUAAGGAUCGUUAUAUGGCCCCUGACAUUGAGGAGGCCACCAAACUUCUACAGGAAGAAAAGAUUUGGCACGCUGUGAAGCCUUACAUGGACAACUACCAUUCUAAACAGCUUAUCGAGACACGCGUAAAGUCGCCAACCGCUGUCAAAAGACGACGGAUGAGUCGGCCCAACGUCCACUUCAGCCCUUGAAUACAAUGAAACAUACGUUACGUUUGGAUGAAAGAUACGUUACAUUUGAAUGAAACAUACGUUACGUUUGGAGAUGUUCAAUUUCAUAAGGCCUACAUGCGGUCAAAAACGUUAUACAUUUUUGAGACAUAACUAUGUGUGUAUGUUGAAAUUAACUUGUGGUCCACACAUGUAAAAUUCUAACUAUAUACUGUUGGUCUGUAGUUCUUUCAUGGACUAUAGUUUCCUUCUUUUAACUUAGUUUAUAGUUCACUUUACGCAGUUGCAGUUUACUACAUGCAGUCGGCGCUUAGCUUAAUAGUUCAAAGGCAUUGUUUGUUCGUCAGUACAUUGUUUGCACAUGUCCGACUUGUAAUCAGAAAUAACCUUGGCCGUACCGAAGAAACUAGACACACAAGUGCAUGCAUUGUGCCUUUGUAUUACUCCACGAAAGAACGGUUAAAGUUUAUAUUCAAUGCAAAUUGAUAUAAUUGAAAAAUAUCAAAUUCAUUUGAUAUUUGAACUUUUGAAUGAACGAACUUGAUCUUUAAUACAGAUGCAAGUUCUGUUAUCCAAUAAAAGAUGUAAAAUAA